GUGAAGGAAGAAGUAGAAGCAUUAAUAAUGGAGAGAGAGAUUGAAAGACAGAGAGUUCUACUGGAUCACCUUCACCCCAUUCGUUCUUUUUCUAAUCAUGAAUCUUCGUCUUUCACUCUGGUGACACUGCUGCAUACCCUAGGAAAGUUGCUUUUGGGGAUGAUAGCUUACCGUACUGCUAUUUGCAAAUUCAAACGUGGAGGUUUCAAAGAUAUCCUAUCAGAAUAUGAUUUACUUGCUCCAGUUCUCAAGGCAGUAAUUGAGAAAAUCAACCUGAAUCCAGAUGAGGCGGGAGAUAUCGUUGUUGGUACAGUUUUAACACCAGGUUCAAUAAGAGCAAUGGAGUGCAGGAUCGCUGCAUUUUAUGCAAGUUUUCCAGGUCAUGUGUUAUUAAUGAGGUCAAUGACUUGAGAAAAAUAGAAAGAGGGGUCAUGUGUCAUUAAUCACGAAUGACGAAGACUUGAGAAAAUGGAGAGGAGUCGGAUCCAAUCCCGCACCCAACUAUCAUUCAUCCC